CAGUUUACGCCACUUUAGCGGGAGAAUUCGUCUCUGAAGAGUUGUGUAUCAUUGUUUUCUUGCAACUAACUGUCAAGCAGAGGCUUGCUUGACUAAACAGACAGGAUGCGUCGCUCAGGGGCCCCCAGCCAGGUCUUUGGUAACAUGUCGAAGAAGCCCCGGUUCGUCCCUCCUGGAGCCUCACUGGCUGGUCCUCCUGAYCCCCCUGUGGGUACCCUGCUUGAACCGGAGCCUCUGGCCCCUAAACUCRCCCUGGGGAACGUGCUCAACAAGGUCCAGAGGAGCCUCUCAGCCCCUGCACCGCCCCUUGCCCUGCCUGUGARGGCCUUCAGCCUGGCUAAGAGCAGCCCCCAAGCCCCAGGCCUGUCCAGAGCUCUAGCCAGGGUGCUGGGUGCAGCAGACRGUAAGAAGAACGAGCUAGAGCCUGAAGACCCUUCCUUUACAGAGGAGAACACUGGAGACCCAGCUGACUGGAAUGCCAACAUGUUUCAACGCACCACCAUUGUCCCUGUUCCCGAGAUCUCCAAGGUAACCUGCCUAAAUGACUGUAGUCAUGUGGCACUCACAUCUGUARUUAUGAAGUCCAAGGCUGGUCAUGACACACAUCAACACCAUCAUCCCAGACACCCUAAAUCCACUCCAAUUCACAUACCAUCCCAACAGAUCCACAGAUGACGCAAUCUUGCACUUCCACCUGGAGGGGAAAUAACUGUCAAUGCWGUUGAUAGACUACAGCUCAGUGUUCAACACCAUAGUCCCCUCCAAGCUCCUCACCAAGCUAGGGACCCUGGGACUGAACCCCUCCCUCUGCAACUUAACCACAAAGCACUAGAGGUUGGUGCGGCAACCUAGUGCAUCACUGGGGCCAUGCUCCCUACCAUCCAGGACCUCUAUAUCAGGCGGUAUCAGAGGAAGACUCCAGCCACCCAAGCCAUAGACUGUUUACUCUGCUACCGUCUGGCAAACGCUAUUGGAGCACCAGCUCUCAGACCAACAGGCUCAGUUAAAAAUAUGAUCAUUUAUGUCAGCCUGAUUUAGGCCUUAGAUGCCGAUACUCAUUGGUGUAUUUUAAUUAUGACUACAAAUUAAAGGAUUUUUAAUUUGCAAACCCUCACGUGUGCCUGGACUUGGAAUUUUUAAUGCCACUUAACACCUAUUUGUGGUUAUAAUUUUUCCUUGAAACCAAGRUCAUGUAUAUGCUGCUUUAGAAAGGAAAUGCAGCAAACCAAUAUCGCCUUUCUAAGGUGAGCGACACUUAGUCUAUCCAUUUAGGACUGGCAGGGAUUUAUUUAAUGCUCUGGCUUGUGCUUCAGUGAAACAAACACACACUGAAUGAAGCCUAGCCAACUGUAACAAGCCUAUGUUUUAAUGACAGCAGGUCCAGCAUUAUGCAAAUGAGCGUGGGUAGUGCAGCGGCAGCGCGAGGCAGAUUAGAGCUGUGCCUGGGAUCAGUGAGCACACGCGCUCUGUCCCCCUCCCUCUCAGAGCAACUAGUGCCUCUGUCUGUCUUCUCUCCUUUCUCUGCUUUUCCUCUCUCUUUAGCUUUUCACUAGUUUUCCCUCAUUCUGUUGUUCCCGUCGGCGGAUGAUUCGUGUGUUUCUCUUUGAGAAGCAGCUUUGAUUUUCCUUUGUGUGAAGAAAAGAAAACGCGCAUUCGCACGGACUCGCGCUGCGCGCACACCUCUCCGGUUAAACCAGCGACGUUUCCUCUUUUCUAGUUAAACGGAAAUAAGAAUAAAGAAAAUGCAUCUUUACAAUUUCAUCGGUAUUUCCCCAUGUAAGCACACACAUUCCCCCCGUAUGUUAGUAUUUGGUGUAUAGCAGUUAGAACGAGCGCUGRUUUGAGGUUUAGAGAGACCRGGCUGUAAGUAGGUCGGGCUGGGUUUAAGCGGCUUUAGCCUGCGUCAGCCUAAGCUGGGAGGAAUUCACCCAAAGCCCUCCGCGGUAGGCGGGGGCCUAAACGAGGCUGGCCUAGUUAAGCCUGAUUCUUAUUGUUGCCGUGUGUGUUGUGUAACACAGAGCAGAGAAGACCUCGGAUGAGAGAGAGUACAUGUGUUAGACAGAGACUGUUUGAUUGAGAAUCCAUGAAGGGGGAGAAAGAAGAGGGACAAGGAAGAGAGUGAGUGAGAGUUAAACCAGUAUUAGCCUGAGCCUCAUCACAGAACAGAAAGAAAAGGGAGGUAGAGAACCAGACCAAAUCUCAAAAGAAGCGAGAUAUUGUGUUGAGUUAGUGCUGGUGUCUAGGCCUGGCUCGGUUCAGUCUGGUUCCCUGGGCUAUGUUCUAAGAUGUCGUCUGGGUCCGUCUACACGUCGUCCAGUAUGGUGGGUAAGGCUCGCUCGUCCAACUUCACCCUGUCUGAGAAACUGGACCUGCUGAAGCUGGUCCGCCCACACAUUCKCAUCCUGGAGGAGCACACCAACAAGCACGCUGUCAUCGUGGACAAGAACAAGUGCUGGGACACAGUGUCUGAGCAGUACAACGUCCUGGGGGGGGACAGGCCCCCCCGCACUGCYCAGGGCCUACGCACCCUCUACAAGAGGCUGAAGGAGUCGGCCAAACAGGAAGUGAUGCAACGGAGACACGCCCAGCCAGAGUACAGAGGAAGUAUAUCUGAACCAACCAGGAGAGUGAUGGAGAUGAUACCUCACCUUUUCCAUCACGGAGCUAUCCACCAUGAUAAAGACCCAGCAACGAUGCACAGGAUGAUGUAUAAGCAUGACUCUCCCAUGGAGCAACCUGGCAGCAGCUCCUCCCUCCCAGACUACCCAUCAAACCCCGUCACACACCACCUGGACCAGGAUGUGGUCAGGCUGGACCAGGAUGUGGUCAGGCUGGACCAGGAUGUGGUCAGGCUGGACCAGGAUGUGAUCAGACUGGACCAGGAUGUGGACGUGAAGCCUCCGCCAGACCUGACCAUCCUCUCCACGCGUGUGGGGGUGGUGCUAGGAGGAGAGGGGGCAGAGGAGGAAGAUGAGGAGUUGGGCAGUGUCCAUGGUUAUGACGGCUCCCUCUCUCCCUGCCCAUCCUCCGUCGUCCUGCCCCUCUCCACCUCACCCGUUCCACUGCAACRUGACCUUUACCCUCAUGACCACUACCCCCGCCGUGACCCUGACAGGCUYCGUCCCCUUCAGCUGGCCAAGGAGGAGCACGAGCAGGUCAUGACCAAUCACAGAAAGAUGGGCGUAUACCUGGAGGAGAAGAGGGAGGGGCUAAAGAGGAAGCAGGAACUGGAGGAGGAGCUUCUGAGAGCAAAAAUCAAAGUAGAGAAACUGAGGGCAGCCAGGCUGAGACAUGGACUACCACUGCCCCUAUAACUAACACACUCAUUGCCUGAUUGGACUGACCAUUUGGCACUCAGGAGGAUGCUCUGAAUUGUUUGUAUUUCUGUGUUGAAUGUUUAGCGUGUGGAAGAGGGGUUUGGCCUGAGAAAUAAUGUUUGUGUGAUGAACAGUGAGUUUGAGGSAGGAUUUAAAGGUCCAAUGCAGCCUUCUCUAUCUCAAUAUCAAAUCAUUUCUGGGUAACAAUGAAUUACCUUACUGUGAUUGUUUUCCAUUAAAAUGAUCAAAAAGAGACAAAAAUAGAUUCUUAGCAAAGUUCAAUUUCUCAAGUAAGAAUUUUGCUAGGAUUCUCUGCGAGUGGUCUGAGUGGGGAGGGGAAAACUGAAAACAAACUGUUAUUGGCAGA